AUGCUCCGCGCAGCCUCAAACCUCCAAAUCCCCGUGUACGUGACCACUCAAAACCGCGCCAAACUCGGCAACACUGUACCAGAACUCCAACAACACCUCAACGGUCCACAAAUACUCGCGGACGUAGACAAAACCCUCUUCUCGAUGAUAGUACCGGAAAUCGAGAAGCUGCUCCCGGCCCCAGACUCAACGCCCCUCGACGUGAUAAUCGUUGGGAUCGAAGCGCACAUCUGCGUGACGCAGACGACGCUCGAUCUCCUCGAGCGCGGUCAUCAUGUAUACAUUCUCGUUGACGGCGUUAGCAGUAUAAACUCCGAGGAGAGGGGAAUUGCGCUUGCUAGAUUGAGGGAUGUUGGCGCUGUUGUUACGAGUAGUGAGAGUGUGCUUUUUGAGAUUCUGGGUGAUGCCUCGCAUGAGGCUUUCCGAGCUGUGAGUGGGCUUGUUAGGGAGACGAAGGAGAGUACGAAGGAGGCUUUGGGGGUCUUUUCGAGGAUUUGA